AUGUCCGACCAAGAACCAGAAACACAAUCCUCUGCCCUCGGGAAACGCGCUCGAGAUGGAGAGGCAGACGGGGAUAGCACCAUGGAACCACCGGCAAAACCUUCCGACAAUGGCGCGGCAGUCGACGAGGACAGCGACGACGACGAUGUGGGUCCCAUGCCUAUGCCGGACACUGGAGCUGCUGCUGGAGGGGUGAAGAAGAAGCGGAAAGUCUUGCCACACGAACGGCUAUACCUAGACCAUCUACCCAGUGCUGACCGGUAUUACAAGAGUUUCAUGCACCGAGACACCAUCAACUUCUGUGUAACCACAAAGACAGACUUUCUGAUCACCACAUCCGUGGAUGGGCACCUCAAGCUGUGGAAGAAACAAGACAAGGGUAUCGAGUUCGUCAAGCAUUACCGUGCACAUGUCUCCCCUAUCGUUGGGGUCUCUGCAAGUGCCGACGGACAACUGUUUGCGAGUAUCUCGGAUGACGGACAUGCGAAGGUGUUUGAUGUCAUUAACUUCGAUAUGAUCAACAUGAUCAAGCUUGGGUAUAUCCCAAGUGCGUGUUGUUGGGUCCAUAGGCGAGGUCAGGCGCAGGGUCUUCUUGCAGUCUCUGAUUCGACCAAUGGGACCAUUCAUCUCUAUGAUGGUCGUGGAGAUGGAAAGCCUUUGGAGACUAUCACGAAACUUCACAGGUCCCCUGUGCACCUUAUGACCUAUAGUGACAGGUAUGAUUGUGUCGUUUCAGCCGACGAGGCUGGCUUUAUCGAGUACUGGCAACCAUCAGAACCAUUUGACCUACCGAAGAACGUGCCGCAUCUGUGGUCAUUCAAAUCUAAAACGGACCUCUACGAGUUCAAAAAGAGCAAAUCAACACCCACAUGCAUAACCCUCUCACCCGACUCUUCCUCCUUCGUCACCUUUUCCCUCCCAGACCGUCAAAUCCGCAUCUUCUCCUUCCUCACGGGCAAAAUGACGCGAAAGUACGACGAGUCACUCGCUGCGAUCCAGGAAAUGCAGCAGGCCGGGACGGCGGUGUACAAGGUUGAGGAUAUGGAGUUCGGGCGAAGAUUGGCGAUGGAGAGAGAACUCGAGCUGCCACCGGCAGAGGGAGGGAAGAUACCUGGGAGUUGGAUUAAUGCUGUGUGGGAUGAGAGUGGCGCCCUUGUGCUUUAUCCGACUUUACUUGGCAUCAAAGUGGUGAAUACCGUGACGAACCGGGUAGUGAGGCUCAUGGGAAAGGACGAGACCGUGCGGUUCUUGAACCUGAGUUUGUAUCAAGGUGCACCAGCGAAGAAGGGAUUCACGACGGCUGCGAUGGCUGCGUCUGCCAACCCCAUCUUACAAGAGAAACAGGGUCGCGAUCCUACCCUUUUCUGUACCGCUUACAAGCGCCAGCGUUUCUACAUGUUCACUCGGGACGAACCAGAAGACAAUAAAUCCGGCGACCGUGACAUUUUCAACGAACGUCCCACUCGCGAAGUCCAAACUAUCGCCUCCUCAAACCAUGCCCUCGCCAAACCGCUCAGCACUACUCUCGCCACCUCCGCCACCAUCCACACUACCCUUGGAGACAUUCAUAUGCGCCUCUUCCCCUCCCAGGCUCCUAAAGCCGUCGAAAACUUCAUCGGGCAUGCGAAAUCAGGGUACUUCGAGGGCGUCAUCUUCCAUAGGGUCAUUCCGAAGUUUAUGAUCCAGACGGGAGACCCGUUAGGUGAUGGGACAGGAGGAGUGAGUAUCUGGGGAAGAGAGUUCGAGGACGAGUUUGACGAUGACUUGAAGCAUGAUCGGCCUUAUACCGUUAGCAUGGCGAACGCGGGACCCGGAACGAACGGCAGUCAGUUCUUCAUUACGACAACGGCUACCCCGUGGCUGGACAGGAAACAUACCAUCUUUGGGAGGGUGUUGAGCGGGCUGGAGACGGUACAUGCCAUUGAGAAUGCGAAGACAAACAAGACCGACAAGCCGUACGAAGAUAUCAAGAUCACCAAUAUUGACAUCGAGUAGGGCGGAGAUAUUUUAUGGUUGUGGAUGUGAUGUAGUGAAGUUGCUCCUAGUUAAUGGCAACGACGAAGUGAAUAGCGGGUAGGAGGUCACAACGCGACGCGAUCGUGCACUUCGGUGUGGUGAGACACCAUGACCGUGGCAUCUAGGCAAGCUUCAGCUACGCGAGAGGCGAAGUGAUUUUCGAUCCGAUGUUUGAGGGCGUCUGGCCUGAGGUGCAGAUAUUGGUCCGAGAUCGAACGCGGACAGGAGAAUUUGAGGAGAGUAUGACCGUUCGGGAUCCAUGAGCUGUCAUCGCCGGCAGUGGAAGUAGGAUUGAUGGUGCAUUCGUAGACGUCUAGAGGCACCCCGCUCAAGAAUCCGGUCAGAGAUGGGGGAGGAACAUAGGCGACAGGAUAUUCGAGCAGAACAGCUGCAAAAGGGACCAAGGAUUCUCCUUCAUCGUUUGUUGCAAGCUGGAUGGUCGUUGCAUCUGGGUUGUUCUCGAUCGAUUCAUACAACGCAGUGAGGAGACGUGUGACGUGCAAUGGAGGUGUAGAAACUAGCGUGGGUGAAUCUGCAAGGUCAAUAAAAGAGUAGGCAUUUAGAGAGGCCAGUUCGUAGCGUAGAGCCUGCAGCAAGACCGUAUUCACGAAGAACGAUUGCUCUGAAUGCGGAUCGUAUACAUGGAUCACAUGCAUAAACAUUGGAAUCUUCUUACGAAGAUGCGUGAGCAACUGUGAGGCAUCUUUUGGAGGGUCAACAAGCGAGAAGGCAUCAAACAGAUAGGCUAGUCGGAUUCCAGAAGCUACCAUACAGAGGUCAGAGCAAAACAAACGAAGCCUCGAAAGAGCAGUUUUUUUGGCCAGAAGCAGACUCCUGACUUCAUUGUAGGCUGCGUGCAUGAUCAAGUAGUUCUGAUGCCCACAUUGAAAGUUCCUGGAUAGAGAAGUUCCCGUAUGGUAUCGUACCG